AUCCUCUUUCUCAGUCAUCAUUUGGGUAAUUCAUGCAACACAUUUUGCCUAGUGAACAAUAAGCCAGACGACAGCCACCUCCCAGAUCGACAGCAUUACUGUUCCAUAAAAUGGAGAAUAUUACCAAUGUCAUGGAAUAUGAAAUCAUUGCAAAGGAGAAAUUGCCAAAAAUGAUUUACGAUUACUAUGCCUCUGGUGCAGAGGACCAAUGGACGCUCCAAGAGAAUCGAAAUGCUUUCUCUAGGAUUUUGUUUAGGCCCUGCAUUCUUGUAGAUGUAAGCAACAUUGAUACAACGACAAGUGUCUUGGGAUUUAAGGUUUCAAUGCCGAUCAUGGUUGCACCAACUGCAAUGCAGAAAAUGGCUCAUCCUGAAGGAGAAUACGCAACAGCACGAGCAACAUCAGCUGCUGGCACCAUCAUGACAUUAUCUUCAUGGGCAACUUCCAGUGUAGAAGAGGUUGCUUCAACGGGACCAGGCAUUCGCUUUUUCCAGCUCUAUGUGUAUAAAGACAGGAAUGUUGUUCGGCAACUUGUGAAAAGAGCGGAAAGGGCUGGUUUUAAGGCAAUUGCCCUUACAGUGGAUACCCCAAGGCUUGGUCGAAGGGAAGCUGAUAUCAAGAAUAGGUUUGUUUUGCCAUCUCACCUGACAUUGAAGAAUUUUGAAGGACUGGAUCUUGGAAAGAUGGAUAAGACGGAUGACUCGGGACUGGCUUCUUAUGUUGCCGGCCAAGUUGAUCGGUCUCUUAGCUGGAAGGAUGUGAAGUGGCUUCAGACAAUAACACACUUGCCAAUCCUACUGAAGGGUGUAUUAACUGCAGAAGAUGCAAGGCUAGCUGUAGAAUCCGGAGCAGCUGGAAUUAUUGUGUCUAAUCAUGGGGCUCGACAACUUGAUUAUGCUCCCGCAACAGUUAUGGCCUUGGAAGAGGUUGUCAAAGCAGUGCAAGGAAGAAUUCCUGUUUUCCUUGAUGGUGGAAUUCGCCGAGGGACAGAUGUCUUUAAAGCACUGGCUCUUGGAGCAUCUGGUGUAUUUAUUGGAAGACCAGUUGUGUUUUCAUUGGCUGUUGACGGAGAGGCUGGCGUUAGAAAAGUACUUCAGAUGCUUCACGAUGAGUUUGAACUGACAAUGGCGUUAAGUGGUUGUCGCUCAAUCAAGGAAAUCACUCGUAGUCAUAUCACGACUCCUUGGGAUCCCCCUCGUAUCACACCCCGGUUAUAAGCUGAAAUCUCAACUUCAUGUGUACAACUCCACGCUUAAUUCAAAAAUAAGUUGCCUCCUAUGAGAAAAAGCACCAUAAGUUCAUGUAUUAUCACAAUGGGAAGAAAAAGAUUCAUCAAACUAAAGACUGCAUUUAGCGUUUUCUAAAUGAAAUAUAUUGCAUUUUUACACUUGGAAUUGCCAUCAGAAGUAGAUAUUUGGUUCUGACAAGUUAUUAGGCAGUUUUUGAAUCUUGAAAUGCAGUCAAACAUGUGAAAGUUCAGUUCUAGGAAAAAUGUCUAGCAAAAUGCAGCCUUUGAACUC